AUGCCCUCUACAGUACUAAACGGUAAUACUCCUUAUAAUGUUCUCUUUCCUAAGAAGUUAUUAUUUCCUCUCGAACCACGAUUGUUUGACAGUACUUGCUAUGUUAGGAAUGUCAAACCUCAUGUGACUAAACUUGAUUCUAAAGCUUUGAAGUGUGUUUUCUUGGGAUAUUCUCGCCUUCAGAAGGGGUAUCGAUGUUACUCUCCAGACCUCAACAAGUAUCUGGUCUCAACAGAUAUAGUCUUUUCUGAGAAAGUUUCUUUUUAUCCUAUUGUACAAAUCUCUCUUGAUCAAGAGGAUGAUGAUGAGUGGCUCAUCUAUAGAAUCAUAUCUGAUGGUGGGACAUUUUCGAGUAUGCCUUCUGCUGCACAAUCUGAUGGUAACAUUCCUCCUAAUACUCAGCCUCCUAUUAACCCGUCAAUUAUUCAAGUUUACUCUCGAAAACCAGUACCUGAUAAUACAUGUCCUGCACCAGAAUCUUCUUCGCCAUCAGAUCCACCACCGACUGACCUUGACCUCCCCAUUAGUCUUCGUAAAGAUUCCAUUUCUUUGCCUAAGACAGUUAAAGAGGCCCUAGCUCAUUCUGAAUGGCGUGAUGCAAUAUUUGAGGAGAUCAAGGCUCUAGAUGAAAAUCAUACUUGGGAGCUAGUUGAUUUACCCUCUGGCAAGAAGGUUGUGGGCUGGAAUGAUAGUACAUGGAUCUCUUCUCUCAAGAACUACUUGCAUGUAAGUUUUCGUACCAAAGACUUGGGUCAGCUUAAGUAUUUCUUAGGAGUCCAAGUCUUGAGGAGUAAAAAGGGAAUUUUUCUAUCUCAAAUGAAGUAUGUCCUUGACUUACUUGCAGAAACUGGGAAGAUGGGAGCUAAAUCAUGUAGCACAACAAUGAUCCUAAUAUAUGUCUUACAAAAGAUGACAGAGACCCUUAUGAUGAUUCAGAGAGGGACUCCUGGACUCGGUAUACUCUACAGAGAUCAUGGGUAUACUACACUUGAGUGUUUUUCUGAUGCUGACUGGGCGGGAUCCAAAAGUAAUAGAAAGUCGACUACAAGCUACUGUGUAUUUGUUGGAGGAAACUUAGUGUCCUGGAAAAGUAAGAAGCAAAAUGGGGUAUCUAGAUCCAGUGUCGAGUCAGAAUAUAGUGCCAUGGCUCAAUCGUCUUGUGAGAUUUUGUGGAUAAAUAAUAUACUGAAGGAAGUUGGUAUGAAUGUUGCAUCACCCGCGAAACUUUGA